GCUCCCUCAGGAAAAAUGGCUGCUGGCUGAAAUAGAAUCGUUUUUGUCCUGUUGAAAAUUUUCUGUUCAAGUGAAGUUUAAAAUGUUUUAUUUGAGAUCUGAAUAAUUUUAUCAUUUUCUAAAUGUGUGUUGAAUGUAUCUUAUAAUUUUGAAGUCUGUAGCCAAACAAAUGAAUUCAAUAUGAAGAGAUGGUGGUGGAGGUGGAGCUAGAAUGAAUAACAAAGCGGUCGGAAAGAAGAAGACGAGCUGGGUGUAUGCGCUUGCAGGGGCUGGCAGCGGAGUGCUCACCAGGGCUUUGUGUCAACCCUUUGAUGUUAUCAAAAUACGCUUCCAGCUCCAAGUUGAACCCAUCAAGUUAGCGUCCAAUCAUUCCAAAUACAGAGGUACUCUCCAUUGCCUCACUACAAUAGCAAAGGAAGAAGGAGUUUUGGGCUUAUGGAGAGGACAUCUACCAGCACAGUUUUUAUCUGCUAUUUAUGGGUUUGUUCAGUUUCAGACUUACGAAGUUUUGAAACAGAAACUAUCUAGCAAUUCAAAUGGAAAAGAGCAUAAACACUAUGCUAACUUCUUGAGUGGUGCAGCUGCAGGAUGUACUGCUACCCUGCUCUCAUUCCCAUUCGACAUCAUACGAACUAGAUUGGUGGCUCAAGGAAAUUCCAAGGCAUAUGAGGGUAUGGUAGAUGGUUUCGUCAAAAUUUAUAAGAAAGAAGGGAUGCAAGGAUACUUUAGGGGCUCAAGCGCAGCUCUCAUGGUCUCGGGCCCUCUUGCUGGAUCUCAAUUCCUUUUCUAUGAACUCUUCAAAAGCAUCACUCUUUCUGUUGACUAUAUGAGAGAGAAAGACUCUGAAACAAAACUUAUCCCCUCAGGAGAACUUAUCUGUGGAUCAUUGUCUGGUGUAAUGUCAAAACUCGUAACUUAUCCUUGGGAUUUGGUAAGAAAAAGACUGCAGUUUCAAAACUUCCAAUACGCCCGAGUUGGCUACGGAAAGAAUUUCACUUGCAAAGGACUGAUUAACUGCUUCAAGGGGACAUUUGAGGGAGAAAAUGUGUUGGGCUUAUUCAAAGGGCUCAGUCCCAGUCUAGUGAAAGCUGCACUCACCACUGCUCUUUACUUUGCUUUCUACGAAGAAAUCCUGAAGAAAUUGAACUUAUCUUAAUCUGAAUAGUAAUAGACUGUGACAAACUUUGUGCCUUCAUCAGACAGAAUGCUAUUACUUCAGUUGGCAUGCUAUCCAGUGCCAGUUAACAUCGUCCAUGCGAUGCAACUGAUGAUGAAGUGGAAGAAUUUUAUGCCCAGGUAUUGGAAAUAACAAAGGAAUUACCAAAGCAAGAUCUAAAUAUCACAAUGGGUGAUUUCAACGCAAAGGUGAGAAAAGGAAAACUGGUGAGCGAGCAUAUUGCAGCAUUCGGAUUGGGAGAGAGGAAUAAAAGACAGAAGCGACUUGGUAACUUUGCAGCAGAGCAGCACUUCACAAUACUAAAUACAUUUUCCAAUAAAUAGUGAUAUCAAGAUAAAUAAGAGUAGCUCUCACCAAAAAGUUAACAUUCGUAAGAUGAAAAAAAAUUAGAUGUAAAAAGUUAAAAUUCAUGAGAUGUAAAAGUUAACAUUUGUAAGAUGUAUAAGACACUCGCUAGCUUAGCUUAGCUCGUAUCUUAACUUACAUCUAAUUCAUGCUUUACAUACUCUCAUUACAUUAUAAUAAACUCAAUAAUACAGUUGCAUAAACUAUUAUUAUCUACGACCAUGUUGUAAUGAAAACAUUACAACAUCACAAUCAUAUCAUAAAGCUGGGGUUUCGUUUGUGCGUAAAGGCCGUCGUCGACCACGACAGGGUAAGAAUCUCAGAUUUGGUGGAUUUCAAUUUUUCUAAAUAACCUAAAACAUUAUGUUCAAUUAUGUUUUAAUAGGUGAGGUUGAGUUUAUACUUUUAAAAGGCAAUAUGUUGAUAUCAUUAGAAAUGUUUUGAUUCUUGAAUAAUAAACACAAAUUAAUAAUGAAAAGUUUUUUGAUCAGCUGUUUUAGCACACUUGAAAUUUGGACAAUAUGAAUGUCAACAAUGCUUAUCGUCGUAGACUGCAAAAGUUUACGCACGAACGAAAAUACAUCUUUACAGGGGUCUUUUCGCAAUGGAGUUUCAAAACUAUACUUUAAAGGUGGUUUUCGUUUUUCGUUUGUGCGGAUCCGCGUUCGGUUGCGCAAGCAAUUAGUCAAAAUUAAAUAGCAACUUUCCCAAAGAAUAAAUCGUAUAUAUUUGUAUCGUAUGCACUCAGCUGAUAUUAGUACGUAUUAGAUACGUACGUCAUUCCAUUUAAUAAAAAAGUGAUUUUAAUAAUAAAUACGCUAUCAACUGAAUGGAUAUUAUACAAAUAGAUCCAAUCUAUUGUUUUGGAUAGUUGCUUUUUUGACUUCGAACGCAGAUCCGCACAAACGAAAACCUACCUUAUUAUGAACAUUAUGCAACGACUUGAACUUCAUAACACGGUUUCCGUAGCAUCAA